UUUAUCGAUCAAUCAACCAAGAUACUCCUGUCGCUUCUGUCAACUUUACGUAUAAAUCUAUAAUAUAUAAGAACUAAUACAUGAAUUAAUGAUUGAAAUAUGGAGGUACAAUACGUUUACCAAAAGAAAAGAUCGGAAUUUGGAAGGCAAUGUUUGUUUUCUGAUAAAGGACCCGAACUUAUUGAUAAUUUCCCUCCUGACAAAAAUGUUCUACGAGAAUAUCUUUUGAGGGAUCCUGUCAACAGAUUCCAACAGGGUGCCCCCCAAUUCGCAGCUCAUGAACUCAACACAACAAGAGCUGAAUACACCAAUGGGCUUAUGAACCAUGUGGAAGGAGGUUGGCCAAAAGACGUCAACUUGGCAGAUGAAGAACAAACUAAGAGGUAUAGACGAAAAGUGGAAAAAGAAGAGAACUAUGCUCAUACGCUCAUGGGACUUUGUAAGAGCAUGGAAAACUGCGUGCUUCAGAACAACGCAAUCAAUAUCUACCAGCAGUAUUUCUCCGAUGUAGAGCCAACGCCUUUAGUAGAGAAGAGUUCAGCAAGAACAGUAAAUGUUUUUCAAGAUCAGGUUUCACCAACCAGGCCGAUCACACACAUGUCCUGGUCGCCAGAUGGACAGACGAAGAUUGCGAAUUCUCAUUGUAAUCUCGUUUUUCAAGCGCCUAUAGAUAGUGAAUCAACAUAUUCUUUCAUUUGGGAGAUAGAGAAUCCAAACAAACCAUAUCACAUCUUCAAACCGGAUCAUCCGAUAGUAUGUUUGGAGUAUCAUCCCAAAGAUCCUCAUUCUUUGGUCAGCGGUCACCUGAACGGCCAGGUAGGCGUGUGGGAUACCAGGAAGGGUUACGAACCAGUAGGAACCAGCAUCAUGGAGAGCAGCUUCAGGGAUCCCGUGGCAAGGGUAUGUUGGAUAAACACGAAAUCAGGCACGGAUUUCUUCAGCGGAUCUAGCGACGGCCAAGUCAAGUGGUGGGACGCGCGCAAUCUAACGGAACCUACGGAAACUCUGAUCCUGCAUCACGCGAAGGACGAAGAUCAAUCUCUGUCGAUGGCCGCCGGCGUAUCCUGUCUAGAAUACGAACCCACCAUACCCACGAGAUUCAUGGUUGGCACAGAGCUCGGUUACGUUAUAGCUGGAAAUCGCAAGGGUAAGACGGCCAUCGAGAAGAUGACAGCCAGAUAUCAAGCCCACCUAGGGCCCGUCCUGUCCUGUCAGAGGAAUCCGAACUUCAUCAAGAACUUCCUGACAAUCGGCGACUGGACGGCCAGGAUUUGGUCGGAGGAUUGCAAGGAGAGCUCGAUUAUGUGGACCUGCUAUCACAAGGCCCUUCUGACGGACGGUGGAUGGAGUCCAACGAGAUUAUCCUCGUUCUUCACCACUAGAAGCGAUGGGGUACUAGAUGUCUGGGACAUUUUGCAGCAACAAAACGAAGCAUCAAUGUCGGUCAAAGUUUGCGACGAACCCUUGACACGCAUCAGAACUCACGAUAGCGGCAAAAUGGUGGCAAUCGCCAAUCAGAAAGGGACCGUUUACUUGGUGGAAUUCUCUGAUAAUUUAGCAUCGUGUAAUAAAAAUGAUAAAUCACUUCUAACGGCGAUGUUCGAGCGCGAAGCUAAAAGAGAAAAAAUCCUUGAGGCUAGGAAUCGAGAAAUACGCCUGAAAGCAAAAGCGAAAAGUUCCACACAUAUGAUUGAAGAUGAGGCAGAGAACAUUGAGGCUGUGCUAGAAGGCGAGGAAGAAGUCGAGAAAGAUCCCUACAAAGACGAAUUUGUCUUGGAGGCAGAAGAAGAUUUUUACAAAAUCAUCAAUAAAGAACUUCAGAAAGAUAUGCCAAUACCUGAGGAAGAGGUGAAACCAGAAGUGGAACCUCCCCCACCUGAGCCAGAACCAGAACCCCUUCCACCUCCACCCCCUCCACCACCAGAGGAACCGAAGAAAAAAGGAAAAGGUAAAAAGGGUAAAAAAGGAAAGUAGCCUAGAACCAGCAUGAUGUUAAAUAUAUUUUUUACGUACAAAUAAAUAUUUUUUAGUUGUUGCA